AUGCCACCAGAGAUCAUUCUCAGGAUUCUCUCGUACUUGGAUCCUGGGUCUCUUUUCUGUAUUAGUUUCAUCAACAAGCACUUCCAGGAACUGUCCAACAACAAUUUUAUGUGGUAUCAGUUUUACAUCCGCGAACAUAGCAAAAAGAAGAAAGCCAGUCAAGAAGAUCAGAUGAUACAUGAUCUUGGUGUGGUGGGUGUGCAGGAGAGGCCAAAGAGAUACUGGAGAAAUGCAUGCUUCAAAGAAAUUUCCGGCCUGAAUGUGAACAAGUGGAGAACAAACGUACAACGCAUUGACCCUUAUUCAGGACUGCAGCGACAUACAGAGGAAUUCAUCAGGAGUCUGUGUAUUACAUGGGAGAUCACAGUGACUGAUGGGAGAGGACGGCGGAGCACCUUUGAGCAGUCUCAUGCCUUCUUUAGCAGUACGGCUGUUUUUGUGUUCUGGAGCGCUGUCACUUGGCCUCCUUUCAACCAGCUCACCUCCCUUGAGCUUCACGGAGUGUUGCGGGUGCCCCUCGAUUGUCAUGCUCCUUACAGGCCAGGCUGGAAAUCAGUUAUGUCUAAAAUAAAGCUUCAAGGAGAACACCAUGAAUUGUGUGUUUCAGACAAGAUUGUCAAGAUGCUGCAUGUUGGACAUGGCAUAACUUUGGGAUUCUGGAAGGACCAAUGGGAAAUUGCUUUUGUCAUGGUAAACUUGCACAAUCACAGACUUGUGGAAAGAAGUCUUCAUGCAUCUAUUAGUCCAAUGUCCAGCAGCUGGAGUCAGUGCUUUAUUUGAUGAUGUGGACCCGGAGUACGGUCUCCAUGGAUACUCUGCUUACAUUGAACUGCACAAUACAGUGAGAGUCAUCAUGUCUGACCGCUUUUCCCAG